UCUCUCUCUCUCUCUCUAAAAUGUCAAAUCGUUACGCCCAAAACAGGUCUGAUGGAAAGAAGCAGCAGCAACAGCAAAAGAAAUUUGUAGCAAAGAGUAGUACUAGGACUACGAAUACGCCCAAUUCAAAGACCCCCCAAACAGAACCAACAACACUCUCCAAUUCUCUCAGACAAUCAGAUUAUGCAUCGACCAGGAACUUGGUUUCCGGUGGCAAUUUCGUGAAUUACUUGCCCCAAGAUGAGGCAGUUGCGGCCGGUCUCCCCCCUGACAAAGGCGGAUUGGAUCCCGUCGAGUCUCAGCGAGUUGUCGAUCAUCUCAACACACACUUGUCUCGCUUGCUCCGAUUGUGCCCUAGAGAUUUCUGGACACAAGUGGUAAGCGAUCAUUCCUUGCACAACUUUUUGGAGAGCUUCCUACAGUUUAGGAGUAGGUGGUAUGAUUUUCCAUAUCGUGGAGUAAAAGGAAUAGUUGCAGGGGUCAUUGUAGGGGAAUUUGAGCUCAGCAGGCGUCUUUUCAUGGUCUUAUACCGCAUUUGUGCCACUCCUUCAGUUGUUCAUGAUUUGGAAUCUCCUGUUGCAGAUCUUCCAAUCGAGAUCCUGGUGCUAGGGCUGCUGAUAGUCUCAGUCCAAACGACCACACAGGAAAAGAAGUUACUUGACAUGCCUAAGUUGUUGGAUAUAUGUGCUAUAUAUGGUCAUGAAAAUGAAGAUUUGACCAGAUCAUUGGUUGUGAAUGCUUUGAAGGCCCAGCCUAGUAUCCAUGAUAGUUUUAUUGCUGCAUUGUCGCAUUUCCUGAAAAUUGUCCAUACAAUGCAUCAACGUUGCAGUGCGUCUCUAGAGGUUCUAUUUUCUUCUCAUGGCCAUGAAGAUCAUGGAUCCAGUCAGCUUUGUGCAGACUAUUUGGAGGUAAUGGACUUCAUAAAUGAUGCUAUUGUAUCCAUGGAUGCUUUUGUAAGUGCAUACAAGCCUGCAGCCGUCUUUUUCUCAUGCCCUGUUGAAAUGAGUUUUGGAAAUGAGGAAUUGCUCAGUACCCUAGCAAGAUUACAUGAUUCAUUGCUCCCAUCUUUACAGAGGGGAUUUCGAAUUAUCUUUACUACAGGAGAAGAUGGACUUCAGGGAACAAAUGGUGAUAUGCUUUCUAAUAUCACUCUGAGUUUGAAGAUGUUAUCAAUGAGGAUAGUGAAAUUUGGUUGGAAUUUACUAGAUGUUUGCUAUCUUAGUGAUGAAGUGUUUGAAGGCAGCUUCCCCCUUCCAGUUGUCACGAAGAUGUUCCCAGCAAAAGUGGAGGAUCCUGUCAUAAGGGCAGACAUUUUGGUUCAGACUUUUAGGGAAAUCAGUGGAGGAUAUUCAUAUGCUCAAGAGGGCUGGGGCUGGGCAACAUUUUUCCAAAAUGUUGAAAAAAAGCACAAGAUAAUGGAGAGAGUUGAGUUUUUGCAGAGUACAGGAUGGGUUUUAAUGGAUGAUGAACAAUUCCAAUAUCUUUCUGGAAUCACGAAGCAUCCUUUGGAAGCCAAUACUAAGGAGAUACCUCAUGUACCAACCUCUCUGACAAACAAGAAGUUGCAGGUGGAUGAAGACACUGCAAUUGUCGAGUCCAAAAUUAGUCAAAUAAGAGACCUUUUCCCCGACUAUGGCAGGGGCUUCUUAUCUGCUUGUCUUGAAGUCUAUAACCAGAAUCCAGAAGAGGUGAUCCAGAGGAUUUUGGAAGGAACCCUCCAUGAAGAUUUACAGUCACUGGACCCGUCACUAGAAACUAUUCCACCUCCCAAGUCCACUUCUGUGAGCAGCAACGAUAAAGGGAAAGGGAAACUAUUCGAACCUAUGCCCCCCCCACCCUCUACCAAUGUGGCACCUACAAUCACGGAUCGACGAACUGUGGGCCCAUCAUUGUCAUCAUCGUCGUCUUCAGUUGGGAGAUUUGUCAGGAAGUCUAAAGUCACCUCAUCUGAUUCUGCAGCCCUAGAUUCCAGAGAUGAAAAGGUUUUGGCAAAGACUGCUGGCCUAAUAUCGCAACUCCAACUCGAGUAUGAAGAUGAGUAUGAUGACUCUUUUGAUGAUUUAGGUCUCAGUGUUGCUGAUUCAGGGGUGGAGGAAACUGAGAUACUGGGAGAGAAAAUAAAUUCAAAUCGGGGAAAAUCAUGGGAGACAGAUGCUGGAAGUUCUGCUCCAAGUGCUGCUAAUUCUAAAUGGAACUCACGAAAGAAGCCUCAGUUCUUUGUCAAGGAUGGUAAGAACUACAGCUACAAAGUGGCAGAUUCAGUUGCGGUUUCGAAUUACGAUGAAGCGACACUAGUUAAUCAAGCCCAGAGAGAAUUAAUCCAUGGUCUUGGACGUGGUGGUAACCUUCCUUUGGGUGCGGUUAAGAGGCUGACAGAAUCAAAUGAGGAGCAGGAAGGUGAGACUGAUGUCACCGAGGUUGGGGGACGUGGGAAUUCUAGGGGUAGAGGGAGGAGGGGAGGAGGAGGGGGAAGAAAUCAUUACAGGAAAGACCGGGCCUUGAAGAAGCACUUUACCGGAUUGACUGGUAAUUAGGCAUACAGAGGAGAGAGUGAGAACUUAUUUUUUUUUCUUUUUCUUUUUUGCCCAUAAAAUUUUAUCAAAAGAUGAAUAUAUUGAAAUCAAAUUACCGUUUAUUUGUAUAGAGCUAUGAACAACUGUAAAGCCAGUUUUUUGUUGCUGGCAAUUUCGUCAUCUGCGAUCGGUCUUGGCCACUUAGAUGAAUGUCCAUGUGGGUGUGUUUAUUUCUUCUGAGAAGCACUAAGAAGAAGCACUAAGAAUAUUUGUAUGGUUACACUUCAUCGAGAGUUUUGGGGUAAAAGCUGAAGAAAUCAGUAUAAUGUUUUGGUGAACGCAAAGAUUUUGUUCUUGUUCUGUGUUA